CGUACCGCGCGCUCGUCUGCAGUUGCACGCCACAUCACAACCGUCCGGUCGCCGUCGCAGUGUAGUAGUACGUCUAGUGAGUAAGUGUCGUAGUCGUGUCUGCCGUCGUUGUUGUGUUUGCCGUCGUUGUGGUCGUCGCCACCGUGUCCGUACGACUGUGAUUCUAUUAGAUAACCUAUACAUUAAACACUGCUGUUGUCGCUGUUUUUCAGUUGUUUUUACUGUUGUUACUGUUAUACGCACUAGUGUUAUAUCAUACGCACACGAUGAUGGUGUUGGACUCGGGACAAGCGUCUCCGUCGUUACGGCUGUAUGCCGCGGCUGCCGCGGCCGCGGCUAACGGUUACGGAGGCACGGCCGCCACAACAUCCGGAGGCACUGCAGGGCAACAGUCCAGUGGAGGCGCUGUUCAGAUGCCACCGCACCCACUGUUCCCGCACUUUGCCGCCCGUUUCCCGCAUGGAAUGGCGUCCGCGGCCAGUUUCGCGGCGGCCGGUCUUUCGCCGUUCCUUCAGCAGCACCACGUUGAACACGCGGCCGCUCAACGGUAUGCGAUCGCGGCAGCUGCGGCCGCGGCCGCCGCCAGGAAUAGCACGGUCGCUGGUCACGUGAUGUCUGCAGCCGUGCAUCAACAACAACACCACCAUCACCGGCCCAACUCGGAACCCACGGGAAAGAAACGGCCGCACCACCAUCAGCAGCAACAGCAGCAGCAGCAGCAUCAAUUAUUGUUGCAGCAACAACAACAGCAACAGCAGCAGCAACAACAGCUACAGCAGCAGCACCAACAGCACAGAAUUAUUAAUAUGUCCGGUAAUCAUAGUGACGACAGUGCCUCUGAAAACGGAUCUCCUAAAAAAGGUGGAGUAGACGGAGAUAGCGCUGCAGGUAGUUCGGAAGACUUAGCCAACAAACGGCGGAGGUCCAGAACAAAUUUCAACACGUGGCAGUUGGAAGAAUUGGAACGGGCGUUUUUGGCUAGCCACUACCCAGACGUUUUCAUGAGGGAGGCUUUAGCCCUGCGGUUGGACCUCAAGGAAUCCAGAGUGGCUGUAUGGUUUCAAAAUCGGCGAGCGAAAUGGAGGAAAAAGGAACACACCAAAAAGGGUCCGGGUCGACCGGCACACAACGCACAUCCAGUAACUUGUUCCGGAGAGCCAAUACCGGCGGACGAGUUACGGCGCAAAGAGCGCGAACGUCGACAGAAAAAGUUGCUCAAGAGCUUGGAACGACAACAGAGGAAGUUAGCUGCCAAAGGAGUGCACGUUGACUUAGAUACGUUGCGCAAGGAAUGGGAGUCUCAACAAGCUAACAAUGCGGCCAAAAAACAUGGCCAGAUGGAUUGCGGAGUCGGUGGUGGAGGAAUUGGAGGAGGAAUUGACGGAGUUGGUGGAUCGUCAAACGCCGGUAUGGAUCUGUCUUUCCACGACUCGUCUAGCUGUUGCAGCGGACAGACGAGCCGGGACGAGGAGAUUGACGUGGUUGGCGAAGAGGACCACCUCUUGCAUCACCACCACCGCCAACAUCAAAACCACCACCAUAGGAUGUUACAUCACAGGCGGAGUGCGAGCACGACGUUCGAUGAUGACGACGACGACGACGACGAUUUGGACGAGGACGAAGACGAGGGACUUCCACCGUACGCGCGCGCGGCUGCGGCAGCAGCGGUAGCAGCCGCAGCAGCAGCUUGCCGGGGUGACGACAGCUGUAGUUCAGACGACGAGUACGGCGGCGGACGUUUGUACAGACGACCACAGGCUGGUGACGGUGAAUCGUCGCCGCCACCUCCGCUGUUGAACCUGACCACGUCGUCGGUGGCCACCGCGGACAAGGCUCGCCGUCUCAACCCGUUCAGCAUCGAAUCCCUGUUGGCUGGUGGCAAUCGACCAUUCAGCAUCACUGCCGCCCAUGUCAACAACAUAAACAACAAUAACAUAAAUAACAACAACAAUAACAAAGUAUGAACUCCCUAUCCCUCCCCUCCCCGCGUACCUAAUCACAUACAUUCUCACCGUCGUCGGUUAGUAUAAGCGUUGUCGUCGUUCGUCUUCAUCGCCAUCAUCGCAGGGUUCCUAUAUGACGUAAUAAGAUAAUAUUAGACAUGUUUUAGAUGUAUAAUUGUAUUGUAGAUCCAUGGAUGAUAUAAUAUUACUAUAUACACUUGUACAAAUGUUUGUUUCGCGUUUCUUUCCCUUUAAUUAAUGUUUAUUCUUUAAAACUGCAGUAAUGUAGGUAUUUCGCGUAUAAUAUAUAAAAUGUGCCUAUAAUAUUAUACAGCCGCAGACGAACAAUAGGUGUAUUUUAUGCGUAUUAUGUUUUUGUGCAUAAAACAUAAUAUAAUAAGCAAUAAGCGUUACAAUACUAAAUUUAGGUUUGUUUUUAUUAUUUUUGAAAAUGUUCAAUCAAGUUUGAAUCGUUUAUGUGCACUAUAUUUAUAUAUUUAUAUGAGGUAAAAUCAUCCUUUCAUGAAUAAAUAAAUAUAACAGAGAUAAUACUCGACGACAAACUGGUGAUUUUGUUAAUCGCAUUAUUAUUAUUUGUUAUAAUAUUAUAUUCGUGUGAUUUGAUUACAAUGCUUGAAAACUUCAUCGGUAUCAUUGGAACGCGAAAUAUGUAGUUGGAAUCCGAGUGGAUUAAUAUUAUAAUAAUAUAUAAUAUAUCAUUUUUAUUUACUGUUCUUUGUACAGUUCUAUAAUAACCCUUGUCCGUUAUAAACAGCCCAUUAGUAAGUAACAAGAAUCUAGUCAAUAGUAUAUAUAUGUUUUUAAGUUAAUACAUAUUGUAUAUAUUGUCGUAUAUAUAUAUAUAUAUUAUUAUUAUAAAUUUGUAAAUAAUUUAGUUAAAACACGUUUAUAAUAGCGAUUAUAAUUAACAAUGUGAACAAAAUGUAUACUCAUAUAAUUUAUCUGUUAAGCAGCGCACGAUGGAAUGUUAGCAUAUCUGUAAAUUUAAACAUGCGAGUGCAAUAAGUGUUUAUAUUAUACUUAUAGUUUUGUGUUAAAGUCGGAAAAAACAUAUUAUAAUAUUAUAUUACAUAUAUAUUAUUAUUGUAAAUAAAUAUUUCUUUUUGUUUUUGUCUACUUGUUGUAGACAGGCCCUUCUCAUACACCACGUUGUUACGGUAUUAUACGAGCUGCAGUAGAAAAGACGAACGGAAAGGAAAAAUAAAACUUAUCGUUUUUGAUCGCUACCGUUUCAUACUCAUUCGUGUAUACCUUUAUAUAUAUAUAUAUAUAUAUAAUAAUAUGUCUACAUUAUACGAUUUAUACGUGCAUCGAUCCCUUAUUUCGGUAUGACUUGUAUAAACGCAUUUUUACGUUAAGG